AUGCUGGCAGACACGGGUGCCAUAGCGAGUCUGGUCGACAAAAGAGUGCUGAGGCGGCUUGGGCGUGCUUUGGAGCCACUCAGGCCCUACAUUGGAACGCUAGACAGCGUACCCGGGCACUUGAUCCGUGUCACUGGAGUGAUUGACCUUCCGGUGACACUCAGAACGCUGGCGAAGACGCUUCCUUUCGUAGUAACCGACCACCUGUUCGUGGAUUCGAUCCUUGGAACGGAUUCGUUGAAGGCGUUAUGUGCAGUGGUAGACCUCGAAGAGCUGACGAUGACGCUGAAAGGAACAGGGGACGUGAUACCCUUAGGCGUGGCGAGGGUAGAGCAGACAUAUUCCGCCACGAUAUCGUCGUCAGUACGGCUGGAACCGGGUCACCAAGCUCUCGUGCGGUCAAGUGUUCGAGGAACCGUGAGGGACAAAGUCGCUCGGACGCUGUGCACGGUGACAAAUGGAACAGUGCUGGUCGAGGUGUGCAACGCUUCUAUAGAAGAGGUGGAAGUCGAGUCAGGAACAUACCUAGCUGCUGUGACUGUCGUGCCAGAGUCGGCCUUCUCGGCUGAAGUACCAGAGCGGGAGGGAACGCCGAAAAACAUCAGUGCGGUACUAAGCGCCUCUAAUAGGAACACCGAGACUCGGGUUGGGACGGAAGAAGCUGAAAUGACCGCGGCGAUGAAGGACGAAGACGACGAUGGCUUUGAGGUGAACUUCCAAGACUCAUCGUUAGGGCCGGAUCAGCGGAGACUCUUCGUGGAGAUGCUGAAGGACAUGCGAGAUUUGUUCGUCGAGACCUCAAAGAAGCCUGGGAGGACGGAACUCCUGAGGUUCAUCAUUGGCAGUGGAGUACAUGCGCCGAUUAAGCAGCCCCGUACCGGGUUUUGA